AUGGCUAAAGGAGCUCUCCUACGUGCGCUUUCCAUUGCACUUCCUAUUUAUGCCGCUCUAAAGGUCGGCGGCUUUCUCGUCGCGUUUACCAUGCUGCUUGCAAUGGCAUCCGGAGUGCCAACCAUUACUUCAGGAUCCAUGCCCGCCAGCGGACAAACACAGUUCAGCCAGAAGAAGCUGACUGUCGGGUUUAUUGUAACGGUCAUUGUGCUCAACUAUCUCGGACUGAGUCCAUCCAUGGAGUCCCGGCCUCUAAUUGGAUACGUCGCCUUGCUCUGUUCCAUCUUCCUUGCCCGGCCCCCGUUCUCAGGCCAGACGCCCAGUUCCAUCGCAGUGCCAGGUCUCGGUAUAUCAGGACCUGGAAUUCCAACCCCUCAGCAGAAAUCCUCUAGCAUGGCCUCGCCUGUGGUAUCGUCGGAGGAGUCGGUCGUAAUCGCGUUUGCGGGGUUACUUCUAGGCAUCACGACUUUCAUUUUUGGGAGUAUAUCAGUUGGCGCUUCUCAUGCUCUGCACCUUUUAUCCGUUGCAGGUGCACUAGCGGCCUGUAUAACUUACGUGGUUCCAACGGAUAUUAGGUCUCCUCAAAAACUGGGAAUGGCCAUUUCGACAGGAGGCGCAGCCUUGCUGUGCGCACCCCCAUUGCAGUCCGGUGUCCAGGUGGCUUAUCUCUUCCGUUGCAUGCUUUCUGCAAUCGGAUUCUUCGUUGCCCGAUUUGAUGACAGUCAUUCACGCCUUGGAGCUCACACGCACACCCAUCACAGUCACCACGACAGUGAUGCGUCCAGGGUGUCGAAACUUAUCAUUCGUUACAGCGAGCCCUAUCCUCUAUUGUACAGUAUUGUCAAAGAAAGCGAUUCCCGGAAGAUCUUUUACUUUAUGAGUCUCAACUUCGCUUUCAUGCUGGUGCAGUUAUCAUAUGGCUUCCUCACAGGGUCCCUGGGUCUUCUCAGCGAUAGCAUCCACAUGUUCUUCGAUUGCCUCGCUCUUGUAGUAGGGCUCUGCGCAGCUGUUAUGAGUAAAUGGCCACCCAGCGCCCGGUUCCCGUAUGGCUAUGGAAAGGUGGAUACGUUGUCAGGUUUUGCCAACGGUAUCUUCCUCAUGAUCAUCAGUAUUGAGAUCAUAUACGAGGCGGUGGAGAGACUCUCAACCGGCAGCCAAGUGCACCGUAUCGGGGAGCUGUUGCUUGUCAGCAUUGCUGGUCUUGGGGUCAAUCUCGUUGGUAUUAUGGCGUUCGAGCAUGGCCAUGGGCACGGUCAUGGCCACGAUCAUCACGGACACUCCCAUUCUCACGGCAACGAGAAUAUGCAUGGGAUCUUUCUCCACAUUCUGGCGGAUACACUGGGCUCCGUGGCUGUGGUGAUAUCGACAGUCCUCGUUCACUACUCUGGCUGGCCGGGGUACGAUCCCAUUGCCUCCUGCCUGAUCGCAAUCUUAAUCUUCGCGUCGGCCGUUCCUCUCGUCAGCAGCACCGCAAAGUCGCUUCUGCUUACCCUCCCCGCGGACGUUGAGUACAAUGUCCGCGAUACUUUGGCCGGAGUCUGCACCCUCCGCGGCGUGGUGGGGUACACGGUGCCCAAAUUUUGGCUAGAUGACACUGCUUCUUCGUCUGAGCAUGACCACCACGAUCACGGUUGCAGCCAUGACCACGGCCAUAGCCAUAGUCACGGCCAUGGUCAUGGCCACGGACACGGCCACAACGAUUCCCACUCGCAUUCUCAUUCUCAUUCGCACGACCAUCAUGAUCACGGCCACGACCACGACCACGACCACGACCACGCGAAAUCGAGCCGAGAUGUAUUAGGAGUAAUCCAUGUGAUUGCCGGCCGCGGUGCUGAUCUAGAAGACGUGCGGCAACGGACGGUUGACUUCCUCCGGGAAAAGGGCAUGGACAUCCUCGUCCAAGUGGAACGGGAGGGUGAUGGGCGAUGCUGGUGUGGGGGUGGAAACAAGACUUCUUAA